AUGACCAUUGUAAACCAUAGCAACGGUGAUGGCCACCAGGCAAGGACAAUACCGAUCACAUCGACCGAUAUACUUAUCAUCGGUGCGGGGCCAGCUGGUGCCUCUCUGGCAUGCUUUCUAGCUUCUUACGGGAUUCGCGGCAUUAUGGUCAGUUCGUGUCCGACAAGCGCUGAUAGCCCGAGAGCCCACAUCACCAACAUGGCAGCCAUGGAAUGUCUCCGAGAUAUUGGUCUCGAUGUCGAAUGCAACCGCCUUGCGACCAACGGAAUGAACAUGAUGCACACGCGCUGGGCAUACAGCAUGGCAGGCGAGGAAUAUGCACGGAUUCACUCUUGGGGCCAUGAUCCAAAGCGCAAGGGUGAUUACGAAAUCGCCAGUCCCUGCGAUCCCGUCGAUCUUCCUCAGACUCUCCUCGAACCCAUUCUCGUACGAUACGCCACCCUUAACGGCUUUAACUGCCGCUUCGAUACCACCUUUGUUGAUUUCGUCCAAGAUCGCGACGGUACAACUUCCACAUUGCGUGACAAUAUUACUGGGGUGGAAUACAAGAUUCGGUCGACGUACCUGUUUGGAGCGGACGGCGCACGGAGCGAAGUCUUUCGGCAGGCAGACCUUCCUCUGGAUGUUCGGCCAGACCAAGGACUUGCCUUCAACGUUCACCUCAAGGCGGACCUUUCAAGCUACAUGCAGUAUCGUACCGGUAAUCUUCAUUGGCUGCUUCAGCCGGACAGGGAGCACCCACUCUUUGGAUGGGCAUGUAUCGCCCGAAUGGUGAAACCAUGGGACGAAUGGCUUUUUAUCGUUCUACCAGAGAGAGGCAAAGAGCUCGAGAUCAAUCCUACUAAUGAAGAGUGGCUCACUCGAAUGAAGGAAUUCAUCGGCGACGACUCGAUCAACGCAGAGAUCUUGGGCGUGUCUAAGUGGCGCAUCAAUGAUGUCGUGGCCGAGAAGUUCUCCAAAGACAGAGUAUUCUGCCUUGGUGACGCAGUUCACAGGCACCCGCCUUCAAACGGAUUAGGCUCGAAUACCUGCAUCCAAGAUGCGUACAACCUCGCGUGGAAGGUCGCCUAUGUGCUAAAAGGCCAAGCAUCUCCGUCUAUUCUUGAAACAUACUCCGCAGAGCGCCAGCCUGUCGGUCGUGGGGUUGUCACACGAGCGAAUCAGUCCUUCCGUCAUCACGGACCAGUAUGGGCAGCACUCGGUGUGACACUGCCUACCCCUGAAGAGCGAACAAAAGCACUUGAUGAAUUGACCCACGCGACUCCAAAGGGCCGCGCCCGCCGUGCUGCUCUCCAAGCCGCCAUCGAAGAGACCGAACACGAAUAUCACGCUCUGGGGACAGAGAUGGGCCAAUUAUACCAGAGUAUUGCGGUGCAUUCAGCAGACGAGAAAGAAUCAUUCUACUCGCCUGAAGUCGUCGCACAGGACCCCGACCUCGUCCUGACUCGGAGCACAUACCCAGGAUGCCGAGUGCCCCAUGUCUGGCUCAAUAACGCCACUCCCACUCAGCGGAUUUCUAGCAUUGAUCUUGCUGGUAAGGGAGCUUACACACUCAUCACUGGUAUUGGAGGUGAGGCCUGGAAGUCGGCAGCAAGUCGGGUUGGUCUGCAGCUGGGCGUUACGAUUAAUUCAUAUUCGAUUGGGUUCCGUCAGGACUAUGAGGAUGUCUACUUUGACUGGGCCAGAGUUCGUGGUGUCGACGAAACUGGCUGUGUCCUUGCUCGCCCCGAUCGAUUUGUUUCUUGGAGGUGUCAUGAGGUCCUUGGCGAUGAGUCUCACUGCGCUGCCAAGCUGCGCGAGGUGAUGCUCAACGUUCUUGGCCGUAGCGACUAA